AUGAUCGUUGCGUUUCUUGCCCUUUGUAGGGCGGAACAACAAGCAACAAGUGGUUUAAUAGAAACAGGUUUAAAGGUAGAAUGGACUUGCAAGACUCAUGGCAAGAAAAUCUUCCUUGCAACUGCAGAUGGCUACAUAACAUGUGUCAAUAUAAUGACCGGUGAUAUAUUAUGGCGUAUUCCUACCGGCAGUCACAUGUUUAACUAUACCUCUACAGGCCGUUCUGUCUAUAUUCCUUCUAUUGAUGGUUUUAUGUUCACUUUUGUUCCAAAAUACGGAUACAAGCGAUUAUCAUUGCCAAUACGAGAUUUAGCAUAUAUGUCUCCAUUCAGAACCGAAACCGGAGAAAUAUUUUCAUCAACAACAACUACGACUAUGAUAUACGUGGAUCCAGAUAAUGGGACAAUACACGCUUCUUAUAAGCCAAACGAAGUAAUGCCGAGGAAGGAGUACUUCAAUGGAACAUUAGACAACGAUACAGUGAUAAUUAGAACAGAUUACGUGCUAAAUGUUUACGAUAAUACAAAUGAAAUUGUAAGGUUCACAGAUUUUGAUAUUUACUCGAGCGAAGCAGACUACGACACUUGUGUGUAUGAUGUGAAGAUAAAUUCGGCGUUUAAUCACGGCGGACUUUAUAUUUCAAUAAAUGAUUCGCAAAUUGUAUCGCAAAUACGAGUCAAAGGGUCACCAAUAAACAUAUUCGGCUAUAAUAACAAGUUUACAUUCGAAUUGUUCGCUUCUGGCGAGAGAUUACCGAAAUCAAAAGUUUAUUUCACUUCAACACCAUACGGACCGAUCGCAAUCCCUUCGCGACCACUCAAGAAGCCGAGUAAGUUCGAAAUCCUCAUGAAAGGACUGCCGGCGAUCGAAGGAACAGAAGGAGUGUCAAAUAAUAACCAAAUUAAUGGAUACGGUUUAUUUGAUGUCCGCCGACCAUUUGUAGUGUUCCAGCCUCUGAAUCCGAGGUCAAAAACCUCUACAGACCUCGUAGAUCCAGAUCCUGUCAGAUUUGUCAAGAUUGAAGGCUUUUCGAAGUUCCACUACCAGCUUGUAGCUGUAUCUCUCGUUGCCGUGUUUGUUUUCUUCAGAAUGAUCCAAAUUCUUCUCAAAAUUUUGAUAAAAGAUAAAUCAACGACAAUUCCACUCGAAAUCGAUAAAAAUGAUCCUCUUAAUGGUACAUAUGGCGAAACACGUGUUACAAUCAUCAGAGUUCCUUUCUCGGAACAAAAUAAUUUAUCAUAUUCGAGAAUACAACGUCUUACUAAGCCAUUACAUACUCCAAAGCUAUAUACAAGACAAAUCAUUAAGACUGAUGAUAUUUUCGCUUACCAAAUGCUACAUGAAAUUGAUUAUUCCACAAUUAGUUCAUUUUCGUUCUGCAAAACUCUUCUUGAGACUCUCAAAUCAAUACACAAUGAAGGUUUAGUUCAUCUCAACAUUUCUACCGAUCUAAUUUUCUCAGAUAACGAAGGCAACCCAAUUUUAGCCGGAAUCGAGUGGAGUAGUGCGGAGAAGACAGAUGAAGAUGCUGCCAACAAUAUAAAGCAACUUGGAGACAUUUUGACACAUAAAUUUGAUCAAAAUAAAAUUGAUCCACUUUUGAAGGAACUGAUUUAUGAUAUGACAUUACCAAAAUGGACUGAUAGACCUACAGCUGAAGAAGCCCUCCAAUAUCCGCUAUUUAUGACUGCAAGUCAGAAGAUUAACGAAUUUCACACUUUGAACGCUAUUUUGUCAUCGAAUUUACUUGAUCCAGUGACAUUAUACAAGUUUGAGGAGCCAAGGAUCGAUAUAAUGCAGUGCGUGUUCUGGAAAGACAGAAUUCCGAAAGAAUUAGUUUCAGAUUUGCAACUGAGAGGCGAACACGGGUAUUCAUAUGAUUCCCUGAAAGACUUGGUCAGGAUGAUCAGAAACAAGUACCAACAUCGAUCGGAAUUGAAAGAUAAAGCACUGAUCAAACUGACUGAAAGCGAUGAAUCGUAUUUCAAUUUCUUUAAUGAGAGAUUUCCAAAUCUCUUUUUGUACUGCUACUAUUUUAACAGAGCUUACGGAAAUGAUAGAAUGCAAAAUGAUUUUUCUGAUUAA